AUGUGCAAGGACUGCUGGUGGGGGCAUGCAGAAAAUAGAAGUGUCUUUGUUUGAAGUAAAAAGAAAGCAGACGGCGAGCUGAUGACGUUGAACUACGUUCAAAUUUCUCUCCAUUGUGCCACUGUCAGUUAUAUAUACAAGGUGCUAUAUAACUACAUUUCGACAUAUAUAUGUGUGUGGGCCUUAUUAAAAAACAAAAUCAUAAUCAUAUGGUCAAGGAACUGCUCGGAGUUGCCAGUUCUCGCAUAUGCAGAAAUCAUGCCGAUUCAGGCGCCCUCAUGGACAGACUUUCUCAACUGUCCCAUCUGCUGCAAUGAGUUCGAAGCCAGCCAGCGUGUGCCGAUCAGCCUGGGCUGCGGCCACACAAUAUGCAAGCCCUGUCUGACCACGCUCUACAAUCGGCAAUGUCCCUACGAUCAGACGCUUAUUGUAACGGAUAUCGAAAAUUUGCCGCUUAAUUAUGCACUGCUGCAGCUGGUGGGCAAUGGCAGUGGCGGUACAGGUGGUGGUGGCGCCGCCGAGGAGGAGCUGGCAGAUCUGGCACCAAGUGUGCUUAAGCUGCAGCCGGAACAACUAAAAUGCUACAAGCUGGGCAGAAAAUGCAUCGAAGAAUUGGCCUUGCAUUUAAAAUCGUUUCUAAAUUUGAACAGCAGCAAUUUGCUGACCCGGCCCAUGCAGCGCAAACUGGUCACGCUUGUCAACUGCCAGCUAAUGGAGGAGGAGGGUCGCGUGCGUGCUUUACGAGCUGCACGUUCCUUGGGCGAACGCACUGUCACCGAACUGAUAUUGCAGCAUCAGAAUCCGCAGCAGCUUAGCUCGAAUCUUUGGGCAGCGGUACGCACUCGAGGCUGUCAGUUCCUGGGACCCGCCAUGCAAGAGGAGGUGCUGAAGCUUGUCUUACUGGCGCUGGAAGAAGGUUCGGCGCUCUCACGAAAAGUACUUGUCAUGUUUGUGGUGCAACGGCUGGAGCCUCGCUUUCCUCAAGCGUCUAAGACGAGCAUUGGUCAUGUGGUGCAGCUGCUCUAUCGUGCCAGCUGCUUCAAGGUGUCCAAGCGCGAAGCGGACUCCUCGCUGAUGCAGCUAAAGGAGGAGUUUCGCACUUAUGAUGCACUGAGACGCGAACACGAUGCUCAGAUUGUGCAGAUUGCCACCGAGGCGGGACUGCGCAUUGCGCCCGAGCAGUGGUCAUCGCUGCUGUAUGGCGACAUUACGCACAAGUCCCACAUGCAGAGCAUCAUUGACAAGCUGCAGACGCCGUCUGCAUUUGCACAGUCCGUGCAGGAGCUGGUCAUUGCGCUGCAGCGCACCAGCGAUCCCGCCAAGCUGGCACAGCUGCACAAUCAUCUGCAGUAUUUGGCCAGCAUUGAUCCGUGCGCUGAGACAGCUAGCUGGGAGGAUGUAUCCAAGGCGCUGGACGCUGUGAAGCAUGCCGUCAUGGGUCUAGUACAUUUCCUGCAGCAUCACGGCAUACGCAAGCCACAGGAGAGCAGUCUAGCCGGCGGCUCUGCCAACAAUAACAACACAAAGUACAAGAUAAGUCUGUGCCGGGACCUGAAUCAUCGACGGGUAUGCCCACGAGGCGCCAGCUGCACAUUUGCUCACUCGCAGGAGGAGGUGGAACGCUAUCGCGCCCGCAAUCGUGGCAAGCAUAUUAAAUCAUCCAUGCCCAUGGCAAUGCCCAGCAUACCACCAGGUGGCAAGAAACCGCUGCCCCUGGGCAGCGAGGUGCCCGCACACACCGGCCCAAUGAUGCCCAUAUCGCCCAUACGCUAUAUGCAGCCACCAGCACAGCCGACCAGAGGCUUCCUCGAGCCCAAUUGCAGCAUACCGCCUGCAGCACACAAUCUUCCCCCAAGCGGUGUCCAUCCACAAUUGCUGCGCGCACAUCACAGUCCCAUUGGUCGCCAGCAGCAGCAGCAGCACGCGGCGCUCAAUGGACUGCUGGUGCCACCGGCACCAGGACGCUAUGAGCAACGUUUUAAUUAUGGCCCGGCGCCGGCUCCGUCGCGCAAUAAUGCCACGCGUGAGUAUCCGGGCAAUUCCCCGACUCAGCCGCCGCAACGCAACCCACCGAACUACAACAACAUCAGCAACAACAACAACAACAACAACAACAACAAUAUACACAACCACAACAAGAGCUUCUGCAGCAUGCUUCCAACGGAUGUAUAUCAUUCGCCCUACUUUGGCAACGAGGCCACGGGGAACAGCAAAGGCAACGCCGAGUUGCCAGCAGCUACGAAACUGGGUCAUCCAGCUGCUAGCGGCAAUCCGUGGGAGCAUACAUAUAUGCCACAAGCAUUGGCAACGCUACCGCCGCCGUCCAGCAAGUAUCCCAGUCGAGUUAUGUCCACAAUUUUACCCGCAACAGCCGAUACCUCAUUUUAUGAAAAGAAACCGCCGAGUAAUAAUGUUAAUAUUGAUCUGGAUGUGGAGAGUGCAGCCCAUGCUGAAUCCAUGCCCUUGUUUAGGCCCAACAACAACAACAACAACAGCAGCAGCGGAAACAACAACAACAGCAGCAGCAGCAACAACAACAACAACAAUAACAAUAUCUCAUUAAUAUUCUGGAAUAACUCCAACAAAGAUUCGGCCAACUUUGUGCGUUCCGACUCCAUAUUGGAUGACGAUGCAUCAACCUCGGAUGUGCCCACCGGCUCCUCAAUGCACAGCCGCUACGGCCCCAUAUGUCCCAAACGCUCGACGACUAACUGGCACAACUGGCCCAUGGAGCAUGACCCAAACAACAAAAACGAGUUCCUCAGCGACAAGAGCACAACAGCCGGCGAGCUAAACUUUGCAGGAUUCGAGCCAAAGCCAGCCUACAAGCCGGAGCACAAUGACAACCUCAAUGUCAAUGCCAAUAAGAAUUCAGCUGGACGUGAUAGUGUGUACAUUUGGAACAACGAUCUGAAUGCUAACGCAACAAGCCCCUCGAGCAAUUAUUGGAACAACAGCAGCAGCAGCAGCGAGCCAGCAGGGUCCCAUAACGAAAGACUGAAGCAGCUGGAUGGCAAGCCGAUGCUGCUCUCCGAGGACAGUUUGGAGGGUGGCAUCGAUAGCGGCAUGAUGAGCGAGCUGGAAAAGAAUCUAGUUGACAUUGUCGAGGUCUGGUCGAAUCCGGAUGAUAGCGGCAUAAAGCUGGACUAAGCUCAGACUAUGGAUGAACAAUGUUCGAACGAGUGGAAACAUAAUGCAAUCAUUUUUAUCAAGAUGUCCCCUGUUGGACAUUUUACAGGUUUGUACACCGCACAGCUUAAAAUUCUAGAAUUUCAAUUAACUAAUCCUAGCAAAUAGUUAAAGUUUGAUCAUUAAUCGAUCGGUCCAAGAAGCAGAUAAGAAGAAGCAGUUAAAGAAGAAGAUGAAAAUAACAGAUUUGGGUAGGGGAAAUUAGAAUUUAUUAUGUAAUUAUUUAAUUGUCUAUUUAAAGUGUUGUCGAGCUCUAUAUAUACAUAUAUAUAUAUAUAUAUAUACAUAUAUAGAUCUAUAUGUUCAUUGUUCUAUAUUGAAUUGAUGUUCGGGCCAACCGAACUAGUCCGUGUUAUAUUUUUAAUUUUGGUUUUUAAAUUGAUCAGUUAGAAAAAACAAGAAGAAGUUCAUAUUGUAUAGAAAACUUGAUGUCUAAAACUAGCCACGAUCUUUUAGCACAACAAUAAUAUAGAUCUAGUUUUUAGAUAUUCAAA